UUCACCGACCAAGUCAACUGUUGACAUUGAACCAUCACCACCAACAAGCCAUCAUGAACGCCUUCGAAUUCAUGCGUGCAGGCGCGGCCGCCAAGAAGAAUGCUCCGACGGCCGAUUCAAGCUCCAGUCAGCCCCCAGCAGCGUUGCCUUGGAUUGAGAAAUACAGACCAAAGUCGAUAGAGAGCGUCCAGGGUCAAGAAGGUACCACCAAAAUUCUUUCCAAAGCUCUCAAUCGGGCCGAUUUACCUCAUAUGCUGUUUUACGGUCCACCUGGAACUGGGAAAACUUCAACUAUCCUGGCUUUGGCUAGGGAUUUGUUCGGACCAGAGCUCAUGAAGUCGCGUGUCUUGGAAUUGAAUGCAUCCGACGAACGUGGAAUCUCUGUCGUCAGAGAGAAAAUCAAGAACUUUGCCAAAGUUUCCAUCAGCCCAGCCACAUCUGGUUAUCCAUGUCCGGCCUAUAAGAUUAUCAUCUUGGAUGAAGCUGAUUCCAUGACUCAAGAUGCUCAAUCCGCGCUACGAAGAAUCAUGGAGAAUUAUUCCAAGAUCACUCGAUUCUGUUUGAUUUGCAAUUACGUUACUCGAAUUAUUGAACCUAUCGUAUCACGAUGUAGCAAGUUCCGAUUUAAACCGUUGUCGGUCUCUGGAACUCGAUCAAAAUUAACAGAAAUAUCAACGCUAGAGUCGAUCAAGAUCUCCGACAAUGUGCUUGAUUCACUGAUCUCGAUCUCGGCUGGCGAUUUACGUCGAUCGAUUACGUUUCUACAAUCUGCUUCAAAGUUGGCGACCUCGGAUGAAAUACUAGCACAGGAUAUCGAAGAGAUAGGCGGAAUUGUGCCUCAAAAACUGAUGGGACGGCUGCUGGAAGCUGUAGGGAUUGAGGUUCGAGGUCAAGUGGGUGCUGGUGGUGACGAGGACGUUGAAAUGUCAGACGUCGAUCAGAAAAAAGGGCGUCAGAAAACUCCAUUUGAAAAAAUUCAGGAUGUUGUUACGAGCGUCCUGCGAGAAGGCUACAGUGCAGUUCAGAUCAUUAAUCAGCUGCAUGAUUUGAUCCUUCUCGAUACUCUAAUUCCCUCGAAGCCGAAAGCGCUGAUCUCAGUUGCUCUGGGUGAAGCUGAUAAAUACUUGAAUGAUGGAGCUGAUGAAGGCCUCCAGAUCUUGGCGGUUUGCUUAAAGAUCUCAAAGGCGAUCAAUCAAGCUUAAAAAAUGUAAAACAAAUCAUCCACAUUUUUUUUCCUGGGAUCCAAUCCUUUUUAUCCUCACACAUUUUUGUUCAUGAUUAUUCUGCGUUAUGUUUUGGAAUCAAGUGUGGCUUUCGUAGUGGUAUCUGGUGAGUUUGGAUUGUCAAGGAAUCAGAACAAUAUAAUGAGCCUGGG